CGAGCCCCUCCGCCCGGCCCGGCCCGGCCCGGCCCGGCCCGCGCCGCGCUCACCUGGGCGGCGGCGGCGCCGCUAGGGGGCAGCGAGCUCGCGGCGCCUUUCCGCCCCGGCUAGCCCAGGAGCCAGACGGGAGGCGCGACCCGCUGCAGAGUUUAUCCCAUGAAAAAGCACCCGAAGGGACUUGCUGACAGCUUGUGGCAAAAUAAAACUCGACAGCAGCAGCACAAGUAUCAAUCUAUCUAGAAAAAACUUGCAUGGAGCUGUUAAAGAGUAGGAUGUGGCUCUGCAGAGGAGGGCUCUUCCCUUUCAUUUAUGUUGAGAUCUGAACUUUAUGCUCAUGAGGAGACGUGCAAGUGCAGAAUGUGAGUCACUCAGCGUGGUCAAGCAGGUCAGAACCAAGGGCUACCUUAGAAGAUAGAAGUGCUCUUCAAAGAAGGAUAGAUCUAUCUUUGCUUUGUUGUCAUCACUGGGAACUGAGAGAGAAGUCAAAGCCAAACUGGAAUAAAAUGCCAGCUAAGGGCAAAUACUUCUUUAAUGAAAAUGAAGACUGCAAGAUAACAGAUCCACUUUAUGAGAAGUAUCGCUACACCAGCCAGCAGCAUCCGCUUCUUCUCCUGCUGCUCUUCAUUGCAAUUACUUUCUGUAUUACGCUAAUUAUAAUGAUCUUUGUCUUGCAUAAACCACAAGAUCAUCUUGCUUUCAUUAUUACAGUAUGUACUGCUCUUGUAAUAUUUGCAGUCAUGUACUUGCUUGUAUGCAUUGAAUCCUUAUUUCGGAGAUGGCUGAAAUUAUUUGGGAUUUUGAUUUGGAUCUGUUUCCUGACCAUAGGAUAUGUGUCAGUUUUUGGAAGGACAGAGAUCCCUUCAUUCUAUGCAUGGGAACAAGUGCCAUUCUUCCUGUUCAUAAUCUUCACAGUUUACACCAUGUUACCCUUUGGGAUGAGAGAUGCUGUCAUCAUCAGCAUCCUUUCUGCAGUGUCCCAUAUUGUAGCCCUAAGCAUUACAGUGACACUAUAUCCUAAACCAGGCCAACAACCCAUUACACUUCAGUUACUUGCCAAUGCUGUAAUUUUUCUUUGUGGUAACCUGAUGGGUGCAUUUCACAAGCAUCGGAUGCAAGAUGCUUCAUGGGAUUUGUACAGAUACACUUUAAAGUGCAUUCAAGUCCGAAUGAAACUGAAGAUUGAAAAGAGGCAACAAGAAAGCUUGCUUUUAUCUAUUCUGCCAGCUCAUAUCUCAAUGGGAAUGAAACUAGCCAUCAUAGAGCGACUGAAGGAAACCAAUGACGAUAGGCAAAUGCAUGAUAACAACUUCCAUAGUCUAUAUGUGAAAAGGCAUCAGAAUGUUAGCAUCCUGUAUGCAGACAUUGUGGGAUUCACUCGUCUGGCUAGUGACUGCUCUCCAAAGGAGCUGGUAGUGAUGCUGAAUGAGCUCUUUGGGAAGUUUGAUCAAAUUGCAAAGGAAAAUGAAUGCAUGAGAAUAAAAAUUCUGGGAGACUGUUAUUACUGUGUCUCAGGCCUACCUGUGUCCUUACCAGUUCAUGCCCGGAACUGUGUGAAAAUGGGACUCGACAUGUGUGAAGCUAUAAAACAAGUGAAAGAAGCCACUGGAGUGGACAUCAGUAUGAGAGUUGGUAUCCAUUCUGGGAAUGUGCUUUGUGGCGUGAUUGGACUCCGGAAAUGGCAGUAUGAUGUGUGGUCUCAUGAUGUUUCCUUAGCUAAUCGUAUGGAAUCCUCAGGAAUACCUGGUCGUGUACACAUCACUGAAGCAACGCUAAAUCACCUAGGCAAAGCUUACGAAGUGGAAGAAGGGAAUGGACACCUGAGAGACCCAUACCUUAAAGCAAUGAACAUCAAAACCUACUUGGUAAUUGACCCAAGGUCUAAACAGCAGAUGUUGAAUAAUCAUCUUCCUAAAACACGAGUGAACGAUGGGCUGAAGAUGCGUGCCUCUGUCCGUAUGACACGUUAUUUGGAGUCCUGGGGAGCAGCCAGGCCCUUUGCCCAUCUGAACCACAGAGAAAGUGUCAGCAGUGACUCCUCAGCUCCAAGUGGGAGACAAAGAAAGGAGAUACCUUUGAAUUCUACAGGUCGUCAAAAGACUUCAGAUAGAAAUACGUCCCAGAAGGGAAGAAUGGAAGAAGAUAUUUAUGAUGAAAUGAUGUCGACCAUUGAGGGUCUCAGUUCGACUAAACCAUGGUAUAAUAACUCAGAUGACUUCUGUGGAUUCUCACUGUUUUUUGUAGAAUCUGGAUUGGAAAAAGAGUAUCGCACCAUCCCCAUCCCCGGACUGAGGAGUUACUUUGGCUGUGCCAGUAUUGUGUUGCUCUGUAUAUUUAUAAUACAGGUGUUUGUCAUGCCAAAAACCACAAAACUAGGACUUUCAUUUGGAAUUGUAGCAGUCAUAAUUGUGCUUAUUUUGUGUGUGUGUUUUGCUGAUAAAUGCCUGAAAUGCUGCUCAGAACAAUGGCCUUCUAUGCGCCACCUUUGUGCUAUUUCGGAUAAGGUAGAAACAAUGCCUCUAGUGAGACUCCCUUUAGCAAUCAUCACUAUAGGUGCAUUGCUGAUUAUAGCCAUUUUUAAUUUGCCUGCUGAAAAAAGUAGAUCCAUAAACGCAACUGGAUCAAAUGAUGAGGUUGUCACCUUCGUGGCUACUCAAAAAAGUACAACUGUGAACUCUACUGGAUCCUAUACUAAGGAUGUCACCUUGCCGUAUUAUACUUAUUGCUGCAUAUUAGGGUUUAUUGCUUGCUCUGUAUUCCUUCGGAUGAGCUUCGAACUCAAAGUUCUCCUUCUGUCCAUCGCUGUUACUGUGUACAUCAUCAUCUUUAAUACCCAUCAGAGCUUGAGUGCAAGCUCCACCAAUGACACCGCUAAUCCUGAAAGGUUUUUCAUGAGAGAUCCAGUAGAGAUGACUAAGUUAUACCUGGCUCUGUUUUACAUAACUCUGAUCCUAUUUUCAAGACAGAUUGAGUAUUACUGUCGACUAGAUUGCUUGUGGAAGAAUAAAUUUAAAAAAGAACAUGAACAAUUUGAAACCAUGGAGAACGUAAACAGGCUCUUGCUGGAAAAUGUCCUUCCGGCACAUGUUGCUGCUCAUUUCAUUGGUGACAAAUUAAAUGAGGAUUGGUACCAUCAGUCUUAUGACUGUGUCUGUGUCAUGUUUGCAUCAGUACCUGAUUUUAAGGUGUUUUAUACCGAAUGUGAUGUCAAUAAAGAGGGACUGGAGUGCUUGCGGCUGCUGAACGAAAUCAUUGCUGAUUUUGAUGAGCUAUUGUUAAAACCUAAAUUUAGUGGUGUUGAAAAAAUCAAAACCAUUGGAAGCACUUACAUGGCAGCAGCAGGCCUUAGUGUUGCACCAGGCCAAGAGAACAAUCAGGACCAGGAGAGACAGCAUGCUCAAAUUGGGAUCAUGGUGGAGUAUGGAAUUGCCUUGAUGAGUAAACUAGAUGGCAUCAACAGACAUUCCUUUAACAAUUUCCGCCUACGGGUUGGGAUAAACCAUGGGCCUGUAAUAGCAGGUGUGAUUGGUGCUCGUAAACCCCAGUAUGAUAUCUGGGGCAACACUGUCAAUGUCGCUAGCAGGAUGGAGAGUACUGGUGAACUUGGAAAAAUCCAGGUUACAGAAGAGACGAGCAAAAUAUUACAGAAACUGGGAUAUUCAUGUGAAUGUAGGGGACUCAUUAAUGUCAAAGGAAAGGGAGAACUAAGGACUUACUUUGUGUGUACUGAUACAGCCAAAUCCCAAGGUAUUGGAUUGAACUGAAUCUGUAACGAAGUUUGUCAAAAAGUAUUUUUAGCCACCACUUCCCUUCUAUGAAGUCUUAAAAUUUCCUUCCUUAUGUAAAGGAGAUCAUUCCAAAUGUAUGUGUACUACUAAUGGUCCCUCUGCAUCUCAAGGUAGGAGACUGACUUUAAAAGAAGUCAGAAAAUGCCUUGAAGCAAUUGUGGACUGCCUGUUUCUGGGAUAAUUUCAAGAUUUUUCUGGAAUUGUCUUGCAGCAUUUCCUAGUAUUUCCUUUCCUACAUGCAAUCUGGUAGAUUAAAGGCUUUAAUAGCACAUGCAGAUGCACUGUUGAACUAAUUUCCCAGUUAAAACACACGUUAGGAAAAACUUCCUGACUGUCAGGGUAGCUAAGCAUUGGAAUAAAUUGCCUAGGAAGGUUAUGGAAUAUCCAUCAUUGGAGGUUUUUAAGAACAGGUUAGACAAACACCUGUCAGGAAUGGUCUAGUUAUUAUGUAGUCCUGCCUUGAGUGCAGGAGAUUAGACUUGACCUCUUGAGGUCUCUUCUAAUCCUAUACUUAUGAUUCCACUGCCUCAUUCUUUGUUAGAUCUGCUAGCAGUGUUGCAC